GAAAAUACUAUAUCGAACACUUUAACCUAACGUCUAGUGGACCAAAUGAAUGAUUCCUGAUGUUGAGCCUUGCAAGCUUCUUCAAGAAGUUCUUGUUCAGCUUAACAGGUUGGGAACACUUCCCCUAUAGCGAGAUAUUCUCGCUAAAACGCGAUUAUCCCUCUUUAGCAAGAGAGUAAACAUUACCAUAAACAGGUGUUUUGGCGACUUUAUUGAAAAUAAUGGCAAAUCCCGUGCAACGCUGAAUAAGUGCGACACACGCUCGACAUGAUCAUGAUGCGAAUUGUUUCUAUGAAAUUGACAACAUAGUCAAGAAAUUGCAUAUCAAAGUUGCUGCGUAAGAGGGAAGCAAUCUGAAAUCCAAUACACAUCUCCAACAAAACACAGACGAGGGAACUGUUAUGAAAACUCUGCUGAGACUGUCCACAGGGAGAUGGAUUUGUCAUUUUCCCGCGGUAAAGUGCGACAUGAUCCGUUUUCUACAUUUGUUGCUGAGGAAUGGAACUCCACAGGGAAAAUUAUCUGACACUAUUCCAUCAGUGCCAUCUCCAAAAGUUCACAUUCAUCAAAUGGUGCACAGCAACUUUCAUGUCUAUGCACCAAUCCUGAAACCAAGCUCUAUGAAAUUUAAAGACGGUGUGGGACAUGUCCAAUCUUCGAUGUCAAUAUCUAAAAAAAGUUAUGUGUUCCCAGAAAUUGAGGAGGCAGAUCUGGAGGAGGACAUUGUUAAGGGGAGUGGCCCUGGUGGACAGGCCGUGAACAAAACAUCAAACUGUGUGAUUCUUAAGCACAGACCCACAGGUAUAGUCGUCAAGUGUCAUGCAACAAGAUCCUUAACCAAAAACCAGGAACUUGCUAGAGAAUUGCUACAGGAAAAGUUGGAUGAUUUACUUAAUGGAGACCACAGCUACUCUUCACAGGUCAUCAGGGAGAAGAGAGAUAAAAAGCUUAAAGCCAAACAAAAGUCCAAGAAGAAAUAUCAGCUUUUGAAAGCUAAUAAACAAUUUUGUGAUUCUCCAGAGAAGGAGAUCGUUGACUCAGACUUUGACACAGACAUUUCAAAGCAGAAAUAAGAGGACACAUUCACUUAGACUCUGAUAAAAAAUUCUCAUGUCAGUCAUAGUGUUCAAUGUUUCAUCCUCAUCAUUGUCAUAAAUAUUUAUUGAUCAAAUAAACAAGUUUGUUUAUGA